UGAAGUCGUCACUCUUCCAGAGUUGAAGAUGAAGUUCAGCGAGACAGAAAACGGAAAAGCAACCGGGGAAUAAAAAGAAAGAGAGAAUGAAAGGAUAAAGAAAAGGAGAAAUGAGAUCGACGUGAAAGGAAGUCAAACUUCUGGACAGGAAGUGUCGUCGUGGUGACAGUAAGAUCCUUUGUGCUGUUCCUUGUGACUCAGACUGCAGCCGGCAGCAGAGACGUCGACGUUUCUGUGGAACUCUUCGAUCUCCUCUUCAUCCUCCUCUUCAUCACGCCUGCCUUCUUCCGGUCACCGAACUUAUCUCAGCCCCGCCCACUUAUCUCAACCCCCCCCACCGCCCACAUGGCCCCCAAGGCCCUCCCAGUGAUCGCCCACCCCCCCAAAGCCCGCAGGGCCCUGCCAGUGACCGCUCAUGUGGCCCGCAUGGUCCUGCCAGUGACCGCCUACAUCGCCCAGAUCGGCCUGGUGGUGACCGACCAGCCCCCCACCGCCUCCACCAACACCACCCUCAAGCCGGCGGCCGGCUUCGUCAACGGCAUUCUGGACAAGAUCCCCCUGCCCCGGUGGGCGAUCUACACCAUCUUCGUGGCCGGCGCUCUGCUGAUUCUGCUCUGCUGCCUUUGCAUCUGCGUGAAGUGCUGCUGCAAAGGGAGCAAGAAGAAGAAGAAGAAGAACAAGAACAAGCAGAUCAACCUGAACGAUUUGAACGGGAAAACCAACACGGCUCUGGUUCAGCCCGGCGCGGCGGGUGGCGGCUACGGCGCAACCAAACAGAGAGGAAGGCUGCUCUACUCGCUGGAAUACAACGCCGCGAAGUCCAUGCUCUCGGUGGGCAUCAAACAGGCCGACGGCCUGAUGGCCAUGGACCUGGGAGGAAGCUCGGACCCGUACGUCAAGGUCUACACCUGCCCGGACAAAUCCAAAACCUUCGAGACCAAAGUGCUCAUGAGCACGCUGAACCCGGUCUUCAACGAGAACUUCAACUUCCCGAUACAAAAGUCGUCGCUAUUGAAGUCGAGGGUGGUGAUGCAGAUCUUUGACUUCAACCGAUUCUCUAAGCACCACAUCAUCGGGGAGCUCCGGGUGGUGCUCGGCAGCGUGGACUGGAACCACGUCAUCGAGGAGUGGCAGGACCUCGCCGAGCCCGCCAAGUUCGAGGAGGAGAACCUAGGUGAGAUCUGCUUCUCUCUGCGUUACGUUCCCACCACCUCCAAACUGACCGUCGUGGUGCUGGAGGCCAAAAACCUGAAGAGCAUGGACAUCGGAGGAUCCUCAGACUCUAAUACACCUGAGAGAAACCCGUACGUGAAGGUCCAGCUGGCUCUGGACCAUAGGAAGUGGAGGAAGAGGAAGACCUCUGCGAAGAAGAAGACGCUGAACCCGUAUUACAACGAGUCCUUCACCUUCAACGUGUCCUUCGACCAGAUCCAGAGGGUGCAUCUGGUGUUCUCCGUGUGGGACCACGACACCGUGUCCCGGAACGACGCCAUGGGGAAGAUCUUCCUGGGCUGCGACGCCGCGGGGAACCAGCUGCGCCACUGGGCCGACAUGCUGUCCAGCCCGCGGCGGCCGGUGGCGCAGUGGCACCACCUGCUGUCCUCGGAGCAGGUCAACAGCACGCUGACCCUGAAGAGGCGCAUCCCGCUGCAGAGCCGGAUGCCCUUCUUGUGACGUCACCGCGUGGUUCAUACACUCGUCAUCAGGUCGGAAUGAACUUCCUGUGGUGAUUUUAUGACGCAGAGCUAAUGUCACGCCUCAAACAUCUGAAUGUUCUGACGAUUCAAACCGGUGUAUACUUUUAUUAUUCUUUACUUUUGGCGAGCCAGAACUUGAAUAUAAAAAACCUCUCAUGAUGGUGGUUUGAAUUUUAAAUGUUCAGCCUUGAAAAACUAAACACAGUUUAUAAUUAAAUGACUUAAUAAUCUCCUCGAGUAAUGUCAAGUUUUGCAUUUGUGUGUAAAAAAUAGCUAAGUCUCACGUGCACGCUCAUGUGCACUGAAAUGCUCACGUGCACUCUCACGUGCUCAGAAGAAAAGACAAUGGGUCAGUUUAACUUGAGGGAGAACAAUAAAUAUAAUCAUGAAUAAAUUGCAAAAAUAAAAUCGGAAAUAUUAGUAAACAAAGGUCAAUAGAGGGAUUAAAUAUAGAUAACUAAAUAUAAAAUUAGAAUUAUACACAUUUUCACAUUUAAUUGUAAUCAUGAAAAUAAAAAUGAAAAAUAUAUAUUUUCUUAUCAUAUUAUCAAUAUUGUGAAAAUUAUAUAUACAUAUAUAUGUAUAUCAUAUUUACAAUAUUUAUAAUAUUCAAAAAUGCAUUCAAAUACUUACAUUUUUCUGUUUAUUUUCUGUGUUUAUUUACUUUGAUAUAUGAUUAUUUUGAUCUCUUUACAUUUCCUUUUUGCUUUUGCUAUUCCUUGAAGGGCCAAGCUGUCAAUCAAUUAAUAAAUAAAUAUUUACAAAAAGAUGUUUUUUCAAAUAAAUGGGAUAAUAAAUGAAA